CGCCCGCGCACGCACACAGCUGGUGUGCCUUGAUCCAGCAGGAAGACGAAGAAGCUCCGAGGCUCCACCGCGCGUCUUUAGUGCCAAUUCAAGAGCAACUUUGAGGAGGUGAGACGCUCCUCCAUGGAGACUUCUGCAAAAGACUAACACAAACAGGGGGAAAGAAGAAACAGAAGCAUCAAGUCCCGGUAAAGCGGUGGAGCCGGGAGCAAGAGUGAGCUAUGCCAUCUCCCGCAGAGUGGAGCCCAGUCCUCCUGCGUCGUGUGUCGGAGCUGCAGCAUGGUGCCCCUCUCCGGACUCUGGACCUACCGCCUCGCCCCCGGGAGACCUAUCUUCCUCCUGCUCUCCUUCCUCCCCGCCAGACCUCUGCUGCUGCUGCUCCUCGUCGGCGCCCUCUCGUCCCCGGAGCCGUGCCUACUUCCUCCGCCGUCGUGCCACAUCCUCGCCCGGAUAGGACACACCGUGCGCCUGGGCGCGUUGCUGCCCACCCGCCAGCCGGCCCGGAUACAGAACGCGCUCAACCGCGCCCUAGCUAGCCUCCGGCACCAGAGCGGAACAUCCGACUCUUCCACCAGCAGCAGCAGCACCACCACCACCAGCAACCCGUCUCGAACCCUCCCGCUGCUGCCCUACAACCUCAGCCUGGAGAUGGUGGCUCGCUCGCCAGCCGGCUGGGACCCGGUGUCGCUGUCCAGGUGUGCGUGUCAGGAGCUGGUAGUCCGCGGGGUGUCCGCCGUGCUCGCCUUCCCGCGCUCCACCGAGGAGCUCAUCCAGGUGGAGUUCCUCUCCUCUUUUCUGGAGAUCCCCUUCGUCUCCAUCCUGGAGGACACGGAGCCCCUGGUCACCAAGAACCUGUUCCACCUUCAGAUGUCGGCUCGUGUACCUCCGUCUUCCCUGGGCAGCCUGCUGCUGGCCGUCUUGCAGGGGGGCGAUGGGGUCCAGGAACGGGGCGCCCGGGAGGAUGGCGCCUGGGGUGGCGCCGCUGUGCUCUGCCCCGGAUGGGAGGAAGGCAGCGACGGGUUGCUUUCCCACCUGCAGACCCACAGCGGCGCAGCAUGGCACCUGUGGGACGUCAUCAACCUGACCCACAUCACAGGAGGGGGCGGGGACAGGAGGGGCGAGGCCAGCGAGGAAAGGCGGGAAGAUCAGCGUGAAGAGGAGGCCUUGCGGAUCCUCUCCACGAGUUUCCUGCGCUCCGCCUCGCCCAUCUCCAGCGUCCUCCUCCUCGGUUCCGACCCGGAGUGUCUCUCCUCCGUGCUGCGGGUCGCCCAGAGGCUCGCCCCGUCGCUACCAGCGCUUCAGUGGAUCAUGGGAUAUCCCCUGUCACCAGACUCCCUGCACACCUUGGGAGGUCCCCUCGGCCUGCUGGCUUACGGUGAGGUCGGACGUAAGCCAAUCAGCUUUUACAUCCGGGAUGCUCUGCAGCUGAUUGGCCGAGCCCUCACUGUGGCGACCAUGACCAGGCCUGACUUGGCGCUGAUCCAGAACACGGUCAACUGUUACGACAAACCAGUGCGACGAGAAACACUUUCUUCAGGACAAUAUCUGUCCAGGUUUUUUGCCAACACCUCCUUCACCGGCGCUACAGGCCUGAUCCAAGUGGAUGCCAGCCUCUCAAGGGUGCUCUCCUCACAGCUGUUCCAUGUCUGGAGCCUCAAAAGGGGUGCUCUGGGCCAGCCGGCGUGGGUCACCGUGGGCCAGUGGUCCCGAGGCAGGCUGGAGUUGGAGGGAGGCGUCCUGGGACUGGGGGGCUUCGGGAGCAGCCAGGGGCAAGGCCUCGGCGCCGGGGUGAGAGGAGGCGACGGCCAGGGGGACUUAAACGUGGGGGGACGCUGGAGGCCUGGACUUUCCGUCGAGGGACACCGUCUGCGUGUGGUGACGCUGGUGGAACAUCCGUUUGUGUUCACACGCGAGGUGGAUGAGGACGGACUGUGUCCAGCAGGUCAGCUCUGCCUGGACCCCAGAAGCAACCGUUCGGAUGUGAUACAAGGUCUCUUUAACCAGCUGCACAACCCCAACGCAUCAACGGUGGACUGGGAAAGCGGCCUUCCAGAGGAUCUGAGGAAGUGCUGCUACGGCUACUGCAUCGACCUGCUGGAGAAGCUGGCGGAGGACAUGGGCUUCACCUUCGACCUCUACAUCGUGGGAGAUGGAAAGUAUGGGGCGAUGAGCGGAGCCGGUCGCUGGACGGGGCUGGUGGGCGACCUGAGGAGCGGGAUGGCGGACAUGGCGGUCACCUCCUUCUCCAUCAACUCGGCCAGGAGCAGAGUCAUUGAUUUCACCUCCCCCUUCUACUCCACCAGCCUGGGCAUCCUGGUUCGCAGUCGGGACACCGCCGCCCCAAUCGGAGCUUUCAUGUGGCCCCUCCACUGGUCCAUGUGGGUGGGCAUUUUUGUCACACUGCACCUCACUGCGCUCUUCCUCACCCUGUACGAGUGGAACAGCCCCUUCGGCAUGACCCCCCACGGGAGAAACAGGAUGCGCGUCUUCUCCUAUUCCUCCGCCCUCAACCUCUGCUACGCCAUACUGUUUGGACGCACGGUCGCCACCAAGACCCCCAAAUGUUGGACAGGCCGUUUCCUGAUGAACCUGUGGGCCAUCUUCUGCCUCCUUGUGCUCUCCAGCUACACGGCUAACCUGGCAGCCGUCAUGGUCGGCGAAAAGACCUUCGAGCAGGUCUCUGGAAUCCAUGACGACAAGCUGCACCAUCCCUCGCUGGGCUUCCGAUUCGGCACGGUGAGGGAGAGCAGCGCCGAGGAUUACAUGAAGAAGAGCUUCCCCGAGAUGCACGACUACAUGCGGCGCUUCAACCAGCCCACCACCCCGGAUGGCGUGCACAUGCUGAAGACAGAUCCUCCGAUGUUGGACGCCUUCAUCAUGGACAAAGCCCUGCUGGAUUUCGAGGUGUCCAUCGACGCAGACUGUAAGCUGCUCACGGUGGGGAAGCCGUUCGCCAUUGAAGGUUACGGCAUCGGACUGCCGCAGGGCUCACCCCUGACCCGCAACGUGUCAGAGUUUGUGAGCCGCUACAAGUCGGACGGCUUCAUGGACAUGCUGCACGACAAAUGGUACAAGGUGGUGCCCUGCGGGAAGCGUGUCUUCGCCGUGACCGAGACGCUCCAGAUGGGGAUCCAGCAUUUUUCCGGCCUCUUCGUGCUGCUGUGCAUGGGGGUGGGCGGGGCCUUGCUGACUUUGGCAGGUGAGCACACCUUUUACCACCUGGUCAUCCCUCGACUCCGCCGCAGACACACACUGCAGUACUGGCUGCACACCAGCCAGAAAAUUCACAGAGCUCUCCACACGACGUACGAGGACGAAGGCAAGGAGCUGACGGGCCUCGAGCAAAACACCUCCUCUUGCAUCUCAGAGAACUGCACCCUGCACAGGAAGCAGCAUCAGCCUCCCCCUCUGUCUCCCCCCAAGUCCCUCCCCGCGUCCUCGUCGGCGGCAGACAGCGGCAGCUCCUCCUCGCCGUCCCACGAGCCCAAGGAGAAGCGGGUGCACUUUGACCUGGAGACGCUCCACAGCUACCGCCUGCGCACGCACACCGCCUCGGUGCGAGGGCGCCCCGGCAUGGUGGGCCGUCCCGGACUGGGCCUGGGCGGCUUGGGUCUUCCCAGCCUGGGGGCCUUCACUCCUCCCUCGCAGAUCAGCCUCCAAGCCAACGGCGGCCCUGUCUCGGCGCUGGCUUCCGCCGGGUUGGUGCUGUCGCCGCUGGGGGGUAGAGGCGCCCAGACCAGCCUGUGGGAAGGGGAGCUCCAGGAGCUCCAGGGGAAGAUCGAAACUUUUCGGAACCAGCUGAGGGAGGCCCUAGCCAGGAGGGCGGAGAUCCAGACCAGCUUGGAGAGGGAGCGGAGUGGGAUGGUGCGCCGGGACACCAGCCUGGAAAGGGAGCGGGACAGGCAGCAGGUCCAAACAAUCAGCACAGACAAGAGCAGCUCCACCCAGCCCAAAGCAGACAGAGACAGACCCAGCCAGGUUCUGACCCUCAACAACCAGCCCACAGGUACCACCCAACCCGCUGGCGUCCCCGGGACUCUGAAGUUCGGGAGAAGCAGCCAACUGAACACAAUUAACAGCCUUGACAGGGGGAGGGCCGCCCAGUUGCGCCCCGUUGACCCGCUGACUGUGGACAGGACUGUCCAGUCGCGCGCCUCCGCCAGUUUGGAGCGCAGUCGCCUCGGCCAGUCAGGCGCCGGGAGCGCCCAGCCGCGGAACACUUUGAGCCUGGACCGACAGAAGGCCAGCUUGUCGCGCGUUCUCAACACUUUGGAGAGGACAAAAGCCAACCAAUCAAAUGCAGGAGGCGGGACUUGAUUGUCUUUGGGCAAAGACCUACAACACAUAGUUGUAUCGCACAGCCGCGGGAAGUCAUUUACCUUACGCUAACUGCGGUACUACAGCCUCAUCACAUAUCGCACAAAAGCAGUAGAGUAGUCAGUGUACAGCUUGUACAGGAGUACUGAAAGUCGGUCAACACAGCCGUUUUUGUCUAAAUAUCUGGCAACACAAGUGAGCGGCAAGCAUGGCGAGUUAUGGGGCCACAUGAGUGCUGCCUGCACUGGGGGGGGAGCUGCUGUUCAUCAUGUUCGGGCUCCUUAUCACGUUGGAAAACUGGCAUACAAGCCCGGUUUCUGCUUCACGGUAGGCGCUGGAGUUCGUCUUUACCCCAGUGCCGGCAGCACUCGUGCAGCCCAGGGCCAUGACACCACCCAUGCUUGUCUGCUUGCUGCUACUCACUUUACACAACAACGGAUGUGUGCUAACUCAAUCGCUGCUGCUAUACAAGCUCUACACUGACUACUCUAAAGUAUGUCCCCUUCCAAGAUAUACUGUAAUUAGAAUGUUUACUGAUAUGCAAGGGGCAUUUUGAGAGUCUGUAUCUACAAAGUAGUUUGGAAAUAAUCUGAAGUAGUUUAUAAAUAACAACCAAAAAAUGUUCCACCACCUUGAGAGACGGACAAGCACACGCAGCGACAGCAGCAAGAGCACACUUCACGCAAAUGUGGAAAAGGCGGAAAUCUACAUUUCAUCCAACUAGUAACGUCUUACUUCAGGAUCACGCAUAUUCACUUUUUGUGUGUUUAUAAUCGUACUUCAUUUCUCAGCAUGGGCCAAAAAUGGCACUUUCUUCUUGAAUUCACACAAGUUCAGAACACGUUUUUGUGUGUUGAAGAAGCUGCAAAAUCGGUCAACAUCCCCCUAAGGGGAUGCUCUUUAAAUUUGCCUUUAGGAAUGCAUGAAAACAUUUCCCAGACGAUGCCCAAUUGGGUGCAUCAUGGUGGUCUACAGCCAUGACAUUUCCAAUUAUCAUCAAUUUCCAAUGAUAAACAUGUAUUAUUUUUACAUCCUGAAGAUGAAGAAACGUCAUUUAUGUUAUGACACCACAAGCAAAAAAAAAAAAAGGGAAAUACAUGCUUUUUUAUUUGAAUUUCCACAAUAUCGCACAAUGUUCUAAUGAUUUACAGUGGAACUUUGGUUAGCGUCAUUAACUAACUAACUAAAACGGACACUAACUGAAUCAAGUUUUACCAUGCGAAAUUAUGUAAAUCCAAUUAAUCCGUUCCAGAAAGCCAAAAACACAAUCACAUGAUCGUGUCUUGUUGUGUUAUUAAUACACCGCGUGAGUAUAACUGUUUUCUUCAGGUUUUUUUGUUUUUGUUGUUUUUUUAAUCAAUAAACGUCCUCAACUUAAAUAACUAUGAUGCUAGCUUGCUAACAAAAUGGCAUGUCUAUGACGCGAUCAGUGGUUUACUGUCAAAAAUCUUAACGCAAAACACUUUUUUAUAGUUGUACAUACAGUCAAACAAUUCCAAUUGCUUUUACAUCAAUAUAAAUGGUGAAUGAAAGGGAUAAAUGAAUAUUUAAUGUUGUUUUUUUAAACCUUCAUUGAAGACGUUUAAGUGUUCUAAAAGACACGAUGUGAAAGCGAGACACCACACGGAUAACACCUUCCCGUUUUGUUAUAUCUUGAAUUAAAUAAAAUAGUGUUUCUCACCUCAGUAACCCAAAAUGGGGCCAAAAAAAGUUUCAAGUGCGAGCAUUUUGAUAAAGAAGGCGAAAAAGAUCGUUGAAUUUAAUUGAAUUGAAUUUAAUUCGAUAAAUAACUCUUAACAAAACAGGAAGCCGUUGUCCUGUGUGUGUCUCGCUGCCACAUCGGGUCUUGGGAGCACACAUCAAGAAUCACGUCUUCAAUGAAGGUAAACCUUAACCUUAAAUGUUCAUUUAUCCGUUUCGUGCCUCAUUUAUUUGUGUUUAGAACACCAGCGUCGUAAUGUACACUAACCGGGAAAUGUACACAAACUGUACUGUUACAUAAAUAAUCGACAUUAACUGAAAAACACGCUAACUAAGGUUCCACUGUAUUUUACAAAUUAACACACAAUUGAACUGCAAUAAUGCUUGGUUAACUUUUAUGUUAUAACAACGUUUAUUUAAUUUCAUUUUAAUUGAUUUUAUUGUUCAAUUUAUUGUAACAUUUAUUAACAUUUAUUUUCGUUCAUUUUAUUUAGGAUUCCAGUGUGUUACUAGCCUUUUAUCGGUUUGGUAAUCAUAAUUGGACACUUAAAUGGGGAUUACAAAUGAACCCAAGAUGAAUCAUGUGACUUCUCCCAGCCAAUCCAUGAAAAAAAGUAUACCAAUAAUAAUGAAACCUUUAUAGUGAUAUUUUAUUAUGAAUAAUUUAAAAUGUCAACUUUUUUAAAGGCUUGUAAAAGUACAUUGAGGAUUUUUUUUUACCAUAUUUAAUUUAUUAGAACAUAUUUAAUGUAAUAAUAUAGAAUUUAUUUAGAAUUUUUUUAGCCAGUCCGCCAAGAGAAUAAAACAUACUUCCUAUCCAUGUCAAACGUCCAGGGCUGUCAAAUAUGCUAUUGUUGUGCAAUUCCAAAUUCGUCCACUAGAGGGACCCAUUUCCCUUCUUCCCGCGGCUGUGGAGGCCUGCAAGUGAGGACAUUCAUGAAGUAAUCUAUUUUUAAAAGGAGAAGAUUAAAUCCUUGAUGGGUCAGCCAAUCACGUCGUGCGACACUCCCGCAUCCAUUUCGUGUGUGGACGCUGGUGCGAGGUCAAUGGCCUGCCAGGACAUCCGAUGGAAGUGAUGCUCAACUUGAGGCUUUUUAGACAUGUCAGCGCAGCUCUCUUCCUUCCAUGUGGAGCCUGAUUUAAAAAAUAUAUAUAUAUACAAAAAAAACAUUUUCAAAUGUCUUAA